ACUGCAGUUAAAACGUGCAUAUUUUAAAAAUGAAGCAUUUUACUCUGUGAUAUUUUAUAGAUGCAAUCUCGUAGAAUAGCAACAAUAUCAUGUAAAAGUGUUUAUUUACACUUGUGUGUGUUAUCUCUAAUGAAUAUCUUACGCAUAUAUAUAAAUUUGAAAAGAAAGUGCUUUUUCUAUCAUCUUUAUCCCCAAAAUCCACAAGUAUCCUCAUCAGUUAAUAGUAAUAAAAAUUUCGAAUGGGUGAUGCGCACAUUUUCGGGCAAGUCGACGGAAUGCUAUUUUUCUUAUUUUCUUAUAUAAUUACUAUCUAUGGAUUUCGUCUUCAAGAAGCUCUGGAUACUGCUGGAUGCCUGACGCUAUGUAGAAACGAAUCGUGCCGAAAUCGUUGUUCGCAACCUAUUGGCGAGUUUGAGCCUUAUCCAAGAAUAAAUGAGAAAGCUGACGCAAAUAUCACUUUACACUGCAGAGGAAUGAAUACGCUAAUAAUUAAACAUCCUCCUGGAAGCUAUAUUAUUCAACAAAGUGUUUCCGUCGACACUUGGGGUCCAACCAUAGUGAGCAAUGGCGGAUUAUCGACCUUUUCAAAUUUGACACCAGGUGCAUUUUAUCGUUAUCGUUUACACAGAAUAACACAACGUGGCUUCUCAUUAGCUGAAACGUCGGAUUGGUUUUCAACUUACGCAGUUGAUUAUCAACCAAACCAAGUUGAGUACAUUUCAGUUGUGAAAAUUGAAGAAGAAAGUAAUAAUGUGUGUGAAUUACGAACUGAAAUUGUUUUUCAACCUGUUGAAGACCAGAGCUGUAACUAUAAUAUAUUAUCUUGUUUAACAAUAAAAUUACUAAUAUUGUUCAGUCAUCAGUUGUUAUAUUUAUAUAUAUUUCUUCAGUCUUUAGAUUUUCGCUUUUCUCUUAGACACUUACGAUACAAUCAGAAUAUUACUAUAUCGAUCCGAUCGUGUAACGAUAACUUUUCGAAAGCCAGUAAUGCAACAAUGUUUACUUUUAUCACACCAUCGUGUCUACAAAUUCAUCAUAAUUUAAGCAUCUGCGCACCUGAAAAGGUAAAAGGUUUACAGAUGGAAUAUAUUCGAAAGCGAAGUGAAGAAUCAUAUGACGUUGCAAUUAAUUGGAAUAAACCUUUUCUACAACCGGAUAAUUACACGUUACAAUUUAACUCGCUUCAAUUUGAACCACGUUUACUAGUUGUACCCGGGGAUGCAAUCAAAGCUCUUUUCUCAAACGUCGAUGUAAGAUUGCGGUAUGAGAUCAAUAUUGUAGCAGAAUCAAUGGGCGGUGUAAGUUUACCAUCGACUAUAUCCGGGAAUAUCGACGAAGCUUCAGUUGCAGAGCUAUCUUAUCGCGAGAUUAUUGUAGCGUUAUCAACACUAGUGAUUGUUGUGGCGAUAUUUGGAAUAAUUUAUAUGCAACAUUGGAACAAGAGGGAGGAGAAGAAUAAACAAACUAAUACGGAAUAUAUGCAUUUUGAGGGUUCUAUGGAUUCCCUAAAGAAACUUUUAAAUCAGGAUUAUGCAGCAGAGAAUAGCGACACUCUUUUACCUCAUAAUAAAUUUCUACUUGCUCCACAACGGCUAAAACUUAAAGGUAUAUUAGGCAGUGGAGCAUACGGCAUCGUUAGACUUGCCUCGUUGCAAGAUGAAUUUGGCGCUAUCGCAGACGUAGCUGUUAAAAUGAUGAAAGAUGAUCCAACAGUAGACGAUAUAAAAAAUUUUUAUCGAGAGAUUUCAAUGAUGAAGUCCGCUGGUCAACAUCCAAACAUAGUGUCUUUAAUUGGAUAUUGUACUUUGUAUAAUAAACCUUUAUUAGUAGUGGAAUAUUGUAGCAAAGGUGAUUUACAAACAUAUUUAAGAACGAUUUGGCAGAAUAUAGUGAACGCCAUAUUCGAAUGUAGGACUCACUUAAAAUCUAAUGUGGUGUCUUUUGCCAAUAAGAACACAGAUCAAGGUAAUAUGUACAUAUAUGUUUAUUUCGUGAUAUGUGUGUGUGUGCGCGCGCGCACACAAUGUUCUUUACAUAUUUAUGUUUACAUAUUGUUAUAUGCACUAUGUGAUAAUAACUUCAAAUGUUCAAACGAAAUAUUUUUCUAUUAUGCAGAAAAAUGUGUCUGCAACUAUCAGAAUACGCAUACGAUCGCUAAUCGCUUAUAUGAUAUUCAACGAGAUGUGACUAAAUAUAUAGAAAAUAUUACUUCUGCCGAUUUAUUGAACUUUGCUAGACAAGUAGCUACAGGAAUGGAAUUUUUAUCUUCUAAUCGGAUAGUACAUCGUGAUUUGGCUGCUCGUAAUGUAUUAGUGCGAUCAGAUAGAGUGGUGAAAAUUUCGGAUUUUGGUCUCAGCCGGGAUAUCUAUCAAGAGAAUGUUUAUCGAAAGAAAGGAAAUGGUAAAUUGCCUUUAAAAUGGAUGGCACUCGAGGCUUUAACGCAUCAAAUAUAUACUACUUAUAGUGACGUAUGGGCUUUUGGAAUUUUAUUGUGGGAAAUUGUUACUUUAGGUGCCACACCUUAUCCUGAUACUCCCACAAAUAAAAUUUUACAAUUCCUCAAAUCCGGAUGUCGAAUGGAGAGACCACCAAAUUGUAGUCGAGAACUGUAUAGCAUAAUGUAUUCAUGUUGGAAUAUAAGACCACAAAGUAGACCCACUUUUACUGAAUUAAAACAAAACUUGGAUAAAUUGCUUAGCAAUUAUUCAGAAAAUAAAUAUUUGAGUUUGUGCGAUGUUCUGUAUGAAUCAGCUGACGAAUGUAAUGAACCAAAGUCGAUUAAUGCAUAGUUAAAAUGUAUAGCACAACUAUAUUAAGUAUAGCUCAUUAAAUUUUAACAUGACAAUUUUAACAAUUUUUACUAUGACCAAAAUUUAUUUCCUAAUUAUUAUACAUACUAUAAUAAUUUAAUUAUGUGAUGUAUAAUAUAGUCAAUCACUCAAAUUAAGAUGAAUUGCGUCAUCC